AUGGAAGAUACAGAUACUGACAAAGCGGCCAUGAGAGACACAGAUACUGACAGAGUGGCCAUGGAAAACACAGAUAUUGACACAGCGGCCAUGAAAGAAACAGAUUCUGACAGAGCGGCCAUGAAAGAAACAGAUACUGACACAGCGGCCAUGAGAGGAACAGAUACUGACACAGCAGCCAAGAGAGAUACAGAAACUGACACAGCGGCCGUGAGAGGAACAGAUACUGACGGAGGAGCCACGAGAGGAACAGAUACUGACACAGCAGCCAAGAGAGAUACAGAAACUGACACAGCGGCCGUGAGAGGAACAGAUACUGACACAGCGGCCGUGAGAGGUACAGAUACUGACACAGCGGCCAUGAGAGGAACAGAUACUGACACAGCAGCCGUGAGAGGUACAGAUACUGACACAGCGGCCGUGAGAGGAACAGAUACUGACGGAGCAGCAACGAGAGGAACAGAUACUGACACAGCGGCCUUGAGAGGAACAGAUACUGACGGAGGAGCCACGAGAGGAACAGAUACUGACACAGCAGCCAAGAGAGAUACAGAAACUGAGACAGCGGCCGUGAGAGGAACAGAUACUGACACAGCAGCCGUGAGAGGUACAGAUACUGACACAGCGGCCGUGAGAGGUACAGAUACUGACACAGCGGCCAUGAGAGGUACAGAUACUGACACAGCAGCCGUGAGAGGUACAGAUACUGACACAGCGGCCGUGAGAGGAACAGAUACUGACACAGCAGCCGUGAGAGGUACAGAUACUGACACAGCGGCCUUGAGAGGAACAGAUACUGACACAGCGGCCUUGAGAGGAACAGAUACUGACACAGCGGCCGUAAGAGGUACAGAUACUGACACAGCGGCCGUGAGAGGAACAGAUCCUGACACAGCAGCCGUGAGAGGUACAGAUACUGACACAGCGGCCAUGAGAGGAACAGAUACUGACACAGCGGCCGUGAGAGGAACAGAUCCUGACACAGCGACCGUGAGAGGUACAGAUACUGACACAGCGGCCGUGAGAGGAACAGAUACUCUCAGACCUUCCAUGAGAGGUAGAGGUACUGACAGAGCGGCCAUGAGCAUUACAAAUACCCUCAGACCUUCCAUGAGAGGCAGAAAUACUGUCAGAGCGGCCUUGAGAGGCAGAAAUAUCUACAGACCAGCCAUGAGGGGCAGAAAUACCGACAGUGAGAACAUGAUGUGCAGACAUAGUCACAGGGCAGCCAUGAGAGGCAGAAAUAUUGACAGAACGACCAUGAGGGUCAGACAUACUGACAGAGCAACCAUGAAAGGCAGGCUUACAGUCAGAGCGGCCAGAAGGGGCAGACGUACUGACAGACAGGCCAUGAGGGCCACAGAUACUGGCAGUUCAACCAUAAGAGGCACAGAUUCAAUGAGAGGCAGAAAUACUGUCAGAGCGGUCUUGAGAGGCAGAAGUACCUUCAUAGACGACAUGAUGAGCAGACAUAGUUACAGAACGGCCAUGUUGGACACAGAUACUAGAAGACUGGGCCUGAGGGGCACAGGAACUUCAAGAUCACCAAUGAUGGGCAGAGGUACUGUCAGAUCAUCCAUCAGAGACACCGAUACUGACAGACCAGCUAUGAGAGGCACCGAUAAUCGCAGACGAGCCAUGGGAGACACACAUACUGGCACAGCAGCCAUGAGGGUUCGAUAUACUGGCAGACGAGCCAUGAGGGGCACAGAUACUGGCACUCCUCUCGGGUUUUGUUCUUGCCUAUAA